GAUGUGUAGGUCGAAAUUCGGGAAAAAUAACCUUAAAAAUUAAGUUACCCGAAAAUUAUAAAAAAAAUAAACUUUAAAAAAUGAAAUAAAAAUUUCUACUGAAAUGUGUAAAAAAUGUGUAAAAAAGGUGAAAAAAAUGUUGUAGUGGAUUUGGGCGGUUAGUAUAAAUAAAAUGAAGGUUCCAAACGAACGGGACCUCCUACUACCAACAAAACCCAAAUUUAACCCAUUAAACCCUGUAAACUCCGUAAACAAUUUAAACCCUUUAAACUACGUAAACUCUGUAAACUCUGUAGAGAAUGUAAACAUUGUAAACAAUGUGGAGAAUGGGUUUGGAAUGGAGAGAAUGGAGGAGGAAUUGGAGAUGAGUAAGUUGAAUGAGUUUUGUAUGAGGUUGUUUCAUUCGGAUUUAUCGCCAAAGACGUAUUUGUUCUUGUUUGUGUCAAAUGUUAUUAUUUUACUCGAAAACAUCUUCGCCGAAGGGACAAUUUUACUCUGCUCCAUCCUGGAACUCUUUGUUACAAUUCUAUUCUCACUUGAAGUUUAUAUUAAUUAUGUUUUACACGGUAAUAAGUAUUAUAAAUCGUUUGAGGGGCUGUUGGACACUGUGAUGGUGACGGUCUGUGUGAUUUUUAUUAUUUCUGACGGGGACUUGGUUAACUUAAUCAAACUCGACGUCUCGAGGUCAAAGUCCUCAGACUACUUUGAAAUCGUCGUAUGCGUCGUCAGACUCGCCACGCAGUUCUUCAGACUCUACAGAUUCUACUCCAGACAUCGCAGAAACAAAAAAUUGUUUGGGCAGUACAUAGCGUUACCAGUUGUUAACACCGUUUAAUGUACUUUUAAUUUUUACACAUUAUCACUUUUAAUAAGCGAAAUUUGUAAUUUUACACCUUGUUUCGCGCAGUUUAGGGUGAUUUUCCGGUAAUUUCAUAAAUUCUUAA